GUCAAGUGAAUGCACGUCAUGUAAGCUAAACGCGAGUUAUGUGACGUCCAAAAGGCAUUCUUCGUCCCGCUAAGUGAUUCGCCGGCGGCUGGUGUAAGAGGAAGCCGGCGCCAUGUUGUCCAUGGAGAACGCCACGGAGCUGAUGGCGCGGUUCAACCUGUCGUGGGAAGAGUGGGCCAUCCUCAUCAACUUCUCCAUGCAGACUGUGCCGCCGCCAUUCGUGCCGGCGUGCUACUGCGGCGGCGCGCUGCAGGAGGCGCUGCUGGCGUACCGGCGCGCGCACGGCUACUGUGCGCUGCUGGUGUGCGCGCUCGGCACGGCGGCCAACGCGCUCAACGUGGCGGUGCUGACGCGGCGCGAGCUGGCCGCCGCGCCCAUCAACCGCCUGCUGACGGCGCUCGCCGUCGCCGACAUGCUGCUGAUGCUCGAGUACGUGCCCGUCGCCGCAUACCUGUACGUUGUGCUGCCCGAGCAGCGGGAGUUCCCCUACGGCUGGGCCGCGCUUCUGCUCGCGCACGCUCACCUCUCCUUGCUGCUGCACUCGGUCAGCGUCUGCCUCACGCUUGCGCUGGCUGUCUGGAGAUACAUCUCACUUAGGUACCCGGAGCGCGCGCGCACGCUGUGCACGCUUCGGCGCUGUCAUGCGGCCAUCGCGCUGUGCUACGCGCUGCCCGCCCUCGCCUGCAGCCCGCCCAUCGCCAUCUUCGAGAUCCGCGAGACGCAGGUGCGAGAGCCGGAGGGCGAGGUGACGCUCUACCACGUGGGGCUCAGCGACGCCGCCGAGCGCGAUGACCGGCUGCUCUACCACGCCAGCUUCUGGCUCUACUCGGUGGUGCUGCGGCUGGUGCCGUGCGCCAUGCUCUCGCUGCUGAGCGUGUGGCUGGUGCGCACGUUGGUUCGCAGCGGGCGGCGGCACGCGGCGCUGACGGGCCGCGGUCAGCGCGCGCACCGCACCACGCGCAUGCUGGUGGCCGUGCUGCUGUUGUUCCUGGCAACCGAGGUGCCCAGUGGCGUGCUCGGCGUACUGAGCGUGCUGCUGCGGCCGUGCUUCUUCCUCAACUGCUACAAGCUGUUCAGCGAGGUGAUGGACAUGCUGGCGCUCUUCAACGGCGCCGUCAACUUCAUCCUGUAUUGCACCAUGAGCCGGCAGUUCCGCACCACCUUUUCGCAACUGUUCUGCCCACUCAUCAAGCGUGGUGCUGGGCAUGCGGCGAACGCUGGAGCGUCGUUGGCGAUGGGAGACAACUGUGCACCGCCAGUAGCAAACAACAUUAAUCAUCAUCACCAUCACAACCACGCAGUUUCCUGCACGGAAGUGCACUCGACAUUUGUGUGA